AUGUUGUUCACCUCUACUCGAGCACUCUUACUUUUCACCACAGCCAUCGGUAUCAGUAGCAGCACAGAGACUCCCGAGAGAUGUCGCACCAUUCCGGGUGAUUCAUCAUGGCCCAGCUCUUCUAAAUGGGAUCAGUUCAACCAGAGUGUAGGCGGAAAUCUCGUCGCCACUAUACCCAUCGCCGCUUUUUGCCACAAUACUCUAUUUGGCCAGUCCAGCAGUCUGUAUGACCCCGAUGCGUGCGAGGCGCUGCGCAAUGUGUGGUAUUAUCCGGAAACACACUUGGUCUCCUCUUCGUCACCCAUGGCGUAUCCAUUCUCCAACAACUCGUGCAACCCCUUCUUGGACCCGGAUACACCCUGCACGAUUGGAUCUCAUGUCGUCUACGCGGUCAAUGCCACUAGCAGUGAAGACUUCCAGGCAACUGUUCGGUUCGCCAAAGACAAUAAUAUACGACUCGUUAUACGUAACACUGGCCACGACUAUCUCGGAAAAUCCACGGGUGCUCAUGCUCUCGGGCUCUGGACUCGCAACCUCAAGUCAAUGGAACUCAUCCAGGAUUAUCAGACCAGUAAUUACAAUGGACCGGCCAUAAGAAUAGGCGCAGGAGCCGAGGUGAUUGAAGCCUAUGAGUUCGCAGAUUCUCAGGGCUAUGUUGUCGUGGGAGGCAACUGUCCAACAGUCGGUCUAGCCGGUGGUUAUAUCCAGGGUGGAGGUCACGGGCCUCUGUCAUCCAAGUUUGGUCUGGCUACUGACCAGGUGCUUGAAUAUGAGAUAGUGACAGCCGACGGCGAGCUUCUCACGGCUACCGAAACCGAGAAUGCAGAUCUGUUCUGGGCACUGCGAGGCGGUGGCGGCAGCACGUUUGGUGUCGUGGUUUCAGUUGUGGUAAAAGCUUUGCCCGACAGCUCUUUCUCGACAGCUUACCUGACGCUACUCAACAAUGGAACGAAUGAGGACGCCUUGUAUUCUGCCCUGGUCACUUUUAUUGAGACGUUGCCGAAUCUGACGGACGCUGGGGCCAUUGCCAUCUUCCUUGUCAACUCUCAGGGGUUUUUCCUCAGUCCGGCCAUAUUCCCUGACGUAACAUCCGAGGAGCUGGACGCUCACCUUGGAGCCUUUACCGAUGCACUCGAUAGUCUUGGACUCGCAUAUACAUACAAAUCAUCGAGCUAUCCGACAUUCCUGACUACCUUUAAUUCUGUGUCAGCCACCAUUAUGUUCAACGUCUCGGACCAGAACCUAGGAGGACGGCUUAUACCGAGAUCCCUUGUAGAAAACAACGACACUGCCGAUCUGGUAGAGGCCAUGAGGUAUAUAAGUACGCAAAGUGGCAAUGUCUUUAUCGGAAACGCGUUCAACGUCAAAGGCGGCGUCUCGUCACCCGAUGACGUUGCCGCAAACCCUGCAUUUAGAGAAGCGCUCUUCAACGCUGCCAUCGAAACCCCCAUUCGUUAUUUGGAUUGGCCUGCUACUUUGGACAACAUGAACAGCAUUACGAAUGACUUGCUACCGAAGCUAGAGGCGCUUACUCCAGGUGGCGGUGCCUAUCUAAAUGAAGGCGAUGUGCAUCAGCCUAAUUUCCAGUCGACUUUCUAUGGCGACCACUAUAGCCGACUACUCCAGAUCAAGCGAAAGUAUGACCCAUGUGGUGUUUUCUACGCUGCAACAGCCGUGGGCAGCGAAAGUUGGGCGGAGGAUAACGGCAGUAGACUGUGUCGCACUUGA